AUGUCUGGACCACGCAGCAAACGCUUCCCGCGCAUCCGUCGCCAACGAAUCGAAAACAACAACAACGUGCAGCUAGACGCCGCCCACGUCACCGGCGCAUUUCCGUUCUUCAAUCCUACCCACGCCCGCUUUCGCAACAAGGUCGAUACCGAAGAGAGAGGCGACAAGGCGGCCACGGGCCCCGAAAGCCAAGUUCAGUACCAAUGGCGUUCGCGCGACAACCGCAAGGGUCGCCAUGUCAUUGUCGUCCCGCCAGAUCACCCACUUGCGCCCUCGAAGUUGCACGUAUGCAUCAAGGGCAUCGGUCGCAUGUUCACGACCGCACCGUACUGGGAUGUGUCCUGGUGGGUCGGCGUACUCUUCAGCGUCGGCUCCAUCAUCUUCAUUCUCUGCGCGCUGUUCUACUGGCUGCCGUUGGCGUACCCCUCGACCGCCUUCCCGCACGAAGCCGCUACCGCAGGAGGCGUCGCCUCUUUCGUCGGUGCAACUCUUUUCCAGAUCGGCGCGGUGUUGCUGAUGUUCGAGGCCGUAAAUGAAAAUCGGACGGGCUGUUUCGGGUGGGCCGUCCAAGGCUUGCUCUUGCGAGCAGAUCCUGACGCAUGUGAGCAUCACCAUCAAUGGCGAAGGAUGAAGAAACAGGGAAAGAAAGUGCCCAAGAGUCCGCAGCAGGAAGCUCGGAAGUGGACGUGGUGCCCUUCCUGGCAGGAACUCAGGACCCAUUAUAUUCACGAGGUGGGCUUUGUGGCAAAUGCGACGCUGGCUAUAGGUGCGACAAUCUUUUAUAUCACAGGCAUCAUGUCUUUGCCGGGCGUGUACGACACUCUCAGCCAGGGUGUGCUUUGGGGCGUAUACUGGCUUACAUACCUGGUUGGAGGCGUGCUGUUUGUCAUCUCCUCUGUCAUGUACAUGCUCGAAACCCAGCAGCAUUGGUGGAAGCCGGCUCCGCAUGUUCUCGGCUGGCACAUCGGAUUGUGGAAUUUGAUUGGAUCCGUGGGAUGGACCUUGUCAGCGGCGUUCGGCUACUGCAAUCCCAGUUGGUGUGAAUAUCAGAGCGACUUGACGUUACUGUGGGCGAGUGCGGGAUUCACAAUCGGAAGCUUGAUUCUUUGGUUUGAGGCUGUUAACAAGUAUUCGGUUGAGGUUGAGAAGCCCAAACCCAAAGCUGCAGACUCAUAG